CACACUAGUUAUAAAGAAGAACAAGAAGCCGCAAAAGUUCUUACCGUCGAUUGUGUGCACCAAAUGUUAGAAAAUUAGAUAGUAAUAUAAUUUAGUAAUCAAAUAAAAACUGCAACAAAAAUGGAUAUGCAGAAGUAUACCUUACAAUCAAUACGACAAGAUUUGAUUGAUAGCAACUUGCAAGUCAAGGCAAUAAUACAGGAUAUAUUGACAUAUCGUGGUAAUAUCCAUGAGCUGGAGGCGUUAAACGAGGCUGGACGUGCUAAAUUAGCGGCAUUGCGUAAGAGCAUUCAACAUCUAGAUGAUUGGGCCCGUGACACCGGUGAUGCCGAGCUGAACAAAGAGGUGGAUUCCCAUAGAGAUCAAUUUUCGCAAACUCUGCAAGCAUUUCGCAAAGCCAAUAUAGCGACACGUAUUGAAAUCGAGAAGGCGAAUCGCGAGGAGUUAAUGGCUAUAACAGGUGAAAGCGAUUUACGGCAACGAUCCACCGCUGCAGGAUCACAUCACAAUCGUGGUAGUCUUGUUUCACAAGAGAACAAUGUAACUGAGAAAAUGCUUGCCAUAUCGCGUCACCUGUCGGAAACAACCCAGAAAAGUGCCAUUACACUGGAAACUUUGUUAGCGUCAUCACAAAACGUAGAAGCGACACGUGAUGAACUACACAACACAGCCGGUUCGAUUUCACAGUCAGGGAAAUUAUUGAAGAAAUAUGGACGAAGGGAGUGUACGGAUAAGAUGUUGCUCUUCUUCGCUUUUGCAUUUUUCUUAGCUUGUGUCUUUUAUAUUGUGCAAAAACGACUGUUCUAGACGAGAUAUUUGUUUGGCAUUGUAGAAGGAGUGCAGAACAUUUAAACGUUUGUUUAGGGAAUUUACAUUUAAGAAAAUGUAUAGUAGAGGACAUACUCAUAGUUAGUCUGCGGUGAAGCUAUUCUAAAUGGAUAAGGACUCAAGCCAAACCUUUAUUUAAUAUCAUUUAUCUUUAAUGUUUUAUGCAGUUAACUAGAGAACUUAUAAGAGCUGUUAUGCGCAUUUAAGCUUGAUUUAGUUAUAUUUAAAUGUUAAUAAUAAUGAUAAGAACUUGCACAUUUUUAAAUUAGUUUUUUCCAAUUUUAUUCAGAUUUUUUAUUUUCUGCGCAAAGAUUUUAAAUGUAAAAU